UCGUUAAGUAUUCAAGCAAUUUCCUAUGGCCUUAAUCCCACUGUGUCUCAUCAUCUCUCUAACUAUUUUGCUACAUUAUGUAGCUGCACAACGGACCAAUGGUUCUGUAUCUGUUGGUGCAUCACUCACAGCUACACCUGAUGCCAAACCAUGGCUUUCAUCUUCUGGUGAAUUUGCAUUGGGGUUCCAAAACGUUCAAGGAACAGAUAGAUUUUUGCUAUCCAUCUUUUAUGACAAGAUACCAGAGAAAACCAUCGUCUGGUUUCCAGAAGGUGGUUUAACAGUAGCUACAGGAUCCAAAGUUGACCUGGUUGAUAGGCGUGGGCUCGUACUCAGUGAUCCUCAAGGAAAAGAGGUAUGGAGUUCUGGGUCCAGUUCUGAUCUUGCAUAUGGUUAUAUGAAUGAUACUGGUAACUUCGUGAUCCUGGGUAGCAAUUCUUCAAAUAUAUGGGAAAGUUUUAAGUACCCCUCAGAUACCAUUUUGCCUACUCAGGUUUUGCCUAUAGGUGGCGUAGUCAAGUCCAAAAUGGGCAAAACAAACUUCACUGGUGGAAAAUACCAGUUACGUAUGCUUGAAGGUGGGAAUCUUGUUCUUAAAACUCAAGAUAUGUUUCCUGGUUCUAUUUAUAAUGCUUACUACGAUAGUGGCACAAGUGAUGACUCCAAUCCAAUGAAUUCUGGUUCCCAACUGGUGUUUGAUGCUACAGGAUACCUGUAUAUAUUGACAAGGAAUGAAACAAGAGUUGAUCUGACUGGAAGAGACUCGCUUCCUUCUGGAGAUUACUAUCACCGAGCUACUCUUGAUUCCGAUGGGGUUUUUACUCAAUACUUCUACCCCAAGAAUUCCACGGAGGCUACAAGCUGGGAAAUUACAUGGUUUGUGCCAGAAGACAUAUGUCGGAGUACAGAUAGCAAAGCUUGUGGGCUAAACGGUGUUUGCAUUCUUGAUAACAAUAGACCAAAAUGUGAAUGCCCACAAGGAUUCUCAUUGGUUGAUCCCAAUACUCCAAAUGGUGACUGCAAGCCUAUUUUUACUCCGAGUUGUGACGAUGGCGAGUCAAAUCAUGGGGGGGAUGUGUUAGAUUUCAUCGAGCUCACAAAUAUUGAUUGGAUGGGGUCUGACUUUGCGAGCCUGAACCCAAGUAAUGAACAAACCUGUAGAACUUUCUGCUUGAAAGAUUGUCUCUGUAAAGUUGCAAUUUACAGGGACAGCCAAUGUUGGAAGAAGCAGCUUCCACUUAAGAAUGGAUUUAAAGAUCCUUCGUAUAACGUGAAGGCCUUGGUGAAAUUUAGUAAAAUCGAUGGUCCUUCUGGAACAGGCGGAAAUAAAACUGGAACAGGAGGAAAUAAAACUGGAGCAGGAGAAGGUAAAAGUGGAACUGGAGAAGAUAAAAGCGGAAGAAGUUUGAUAUUCGCUGGAUCAGUCCUUUUAGAACUAGUCAAAGCUACUGAUUGGUUCAAGGAUGAACUGGGAAAAGGGGCUUUUGGGAUAGUAUAUAAAGGUGUAAUAGGGACAACGAUUGUGGCAGUUAAGAAGCUGGAAACGAUGUUUAAAGAUGGCCAAAAGGAGUUCCAAACUGAGGUCAACACGAUUGCAAGGACUCAUCACAAGAAUUUGGUGCAGCUUCUUGGCUAUUGUGAUGAUGGUGAGCAACGGUUAUUGAUUUACGAAUAUAUGACCAAUGGAACUUUGGCAGCCUUUCUUUUUGGAGACAUGAGACCUAGUUGGAAGCAGAGGAGUUAUAUUGCUGUAGGUGUUGCAAAGGGACUCACAUACCUCCAUGAAGAUUGUAGCAACCAGAUCAUCCACUGUGACAUAAAGCCUCAAAAUAUACUUCUUGAUGAUUGCUACAAUGCUAAGAUUUCUGAUUUUGGAUUGGCAAAGCUUUUGAUGAUUAAUCAAAGUCAAACGCAUACUGGAAUUAGAGGAACAAAAGGAUAUGUUGCUCCUGAAUGGUUUAGAAACACCCCUGUCACAUUAAAGGUUGAUGUCUAUAGUUUUGGUGUUUUGUUGUUGGAGAUCAUUUCAUGCCGCAAGAGUGUGGUUAUUGAUGAUGAUGAUGAUGCCGAAGAUGUGGCGGUUUUAACAGAUUCAGCAUGGGACUGCUAUCAAGAAGGCAGACUGGAUGCAUUCGUCAACAAUGAUCUGGAGGCUUUUGAUGAUUUAGAGAAAUUGACAACAUUUAUGAUGGUCGGUCUUUGGUGUGUACAAGAAAACCCUUUGCUGAGGCCAACCAUGAAAAAGGUCAUCCAGAUGCUUGAAGGAGUCAUUGAAGUGACCGAACCUCCAUGUCCAUUCCCUUUCUCUGUUACCUCCUGCUAGUCUUCAAAUUGAUUUGCAAUGUUUCGUACCUUGUUUUAUAUAUUGUUUCUUAAGCGUAGUUCAUGCCACGUUGAGUCCUAAACCAUAAAUAAAUAAAAAUUGCAACGUACGAAUUGAUCUUUGUA